GGCGACGCUCACGCCAUGGGACAGAAACCCAUCACCUUCCUCCGCCAGGUGACAGCCCUGUGCGUGUACCCGGAGCUGCUGGCGGAACCCUCCAUCCCUGAGGACGCCAAGGAUCGGGCCCGGCGCCUGCUGCGGGCCUGCGGCGGGAACAGCGUGGGUGCCUACAGCGCCAGCCCCGGCAUCGAGCUGGUGCGCCAGGACGUGGCGCGGUUCCUGCAGCGCCGCGACGGCGUCGCCGCCAAACCCGAGGACAUUUUCCUCUCCACCGGCGCCAGCGACGCCAUCGUGAGCAUCCUGAAGCUGCUGGUGGCCGGGGAGGGCCCGUCGCGCACGGGGGUGCUCAUCCCCAUCCCGCAGUACCCCCUCUACUCGGCGGCCAUCGCCGAGCUCAGCGCCGUCCAGCUCAACUACUACCUGGACGAGGAGAACUGCUGGGCCCUGGACGUGACCGAGCUGCGGCGGGCGCUGGCUGAGGGACGGCGUCACUGCUGUCCCCGCGUCCUCUGCAUCAUCAACCCCGGCAAUCCCACCGGACAGGUACAAAGCCGCCGGUGCAUCGAGGACGUCAUCAAGUUCGCCUUCGAGGAGAAGCUCUUCCUCAUGGCCGACGAGGUGUACCAGGACAACAUCUACGCCGAGGGCUCGGCUUUCCACUCCUUCAAGAAGGUGCUGUUCGAGAUGGGGCCGCCCUACUCAGAGGUGGUGGAGCUGGCCUCCUUCCACUCCGUCUCCAAGGGCUUCAUGGGCGAGUGCGGGUUCCGGAGCGGGUACGUGGAGGUGGUGAACAUGGACCCCGAGGUGAAGCAGCAGUUGGCCAAGCUGGUGUCCGUGCGGCUCUGUCCACCUGUCUCCGGGCAGAUCCUCCUGGAUGCCGUCGUUGAUCCGCCAAAACCUGGGGAUCCGUCGUACGAGCUCUUCAUCUCGGAGAAGACGGCGGUGCUCAGCGCCCUGGCGCACAAGGCCCGGCUCACCCAGGAGAUCUUCAACAAGUCACCCGGCAUCCGCUGCAACCCCGUGCAGGGCGCCAUGUACUCCUUCCCCCGCAUCGAGCUGCCGCCCCGAGCCCUGGCUGCGGCCAAGGAGCAGGGUCAGGCCCCCGACAUGUUCUUCUGCAUGAAGCUGCUGGAGGAGACGGGCAUCUGCGUGGUGCCGGGCAGCGGCUUCGGGCAGCGGGAGGGCACCUUCCACUUCCGGAUGACCAUCUUGCCCCCCACCGAGAAGCUGCAGGUCCUGCUGGAGAAGCUCAGCAGCUUCUACGCCAAGUUCGUCAAGGAAUACUCCUAACGCCGGUGUCCCCUCCCCCUGCCCCAUAACCCCAGCGUGUCCCCCCCUGCGCCCCCCCACAUCACCCCCCACUCCACCACCAGCACCCACCACCCCACACUCCCCACCGGGCCCCGGGUGCCGCCGGCCGGGACCUUGCCCCGUGUGGUCUUGGUGGUCUACAAGUGCCUUCAACCUCUUCGUGGCCUUCUUUGGGGGAGGGGGACACGAGGGCACCCAGUGUCCCUGGGGUUGGUCACCGCCCCCCCCCGCACUGUCCCCAUGUCCCCUUUGGGAGGGGGGGUGUGUGUGACAUGGGGACAGCAGGCAGGGCUGUCUCUCCCCCCAGAAACCCCAUAAUAAAAGGGUAGCGACCAUC